AUGUGCCGCCUGUCCAUACGACAGGCUUUUUGGGCGCUGGCGCUGCUCUGCACGCUGGCGCCCUCGCAUGCCGAUGGAAACAUAGGUUGCUUAUUCAGUGCAUCAUUAUGCGUGGAGGGUGCGGAAUGGUGCUAUGACGAUUCCGCCUUCGGUAAAUGCAUACCGGUGUACGAGAAGGAAGUGGAAGAGGGAUCGCUUUAUCAGUAUGACAUGAGUUCGGAGCAGCUGCAAUGGUUCGAGGGCGAGCUGCAGCGCCUGGCUUCGCGCGGCUACCGCUGGGAGCAUGCAUACACGCAGUGCGUGCUGCAGGCCAUGCUCUACACCCUGCGACAGGAACUCGAUCCAGCCACUGUCAAUACAAAAAUAUGCGACCAUUUCGCUGAUCCCAAACUAAGUUCUGACACCAGUGAUAAUCCCGAAGAUAAUGCUGAAGAAAUUGACCCGGACGAGACGGCGUAUGUGCGUUUCACGCCUAAUUCCGCGAUAUCAGACUCAAACUUCGCAAAUGAAGUUUACAAUCCACCAUUGACCCCCGAUGAUGACCCAACUCCAUACAUAUCUCAAGUAGAUGACGACCAAACCGAAGGCGAAACAGCUAGUGACAAAUUACGUGAUUUAAUGAUACUGGGUGGUAGUGAGGAAUCCCCUAUCAUUCUGCCGUUUUCUGGAUUCAGAGAGCGAAUUUUAGCUGAAAAGCAGGCAAAAGCCAUUGACAACGUAAACCCUGUGCCUAGGGUAAUGAUCGACAAAGCGAAAAAAUCUUUCGAAAACGAACCCAACAUGGCGUACGCUGAUGAAGAACGAGUCGGAGCCCAUUUCCGCAAGUACAAGACUAAAGCGCCACCUUUCACUGCUGAAUUUAUCACGAGCAACCGAUUUUCUCCUCUAGACGAAGAGAUUCGUUCCAACGCUCGGAAGAAUUAUAAACAAAGUUUUACUGAAAAACACUUCCCCUUCGAAUAUGAGAAUCCAGGAGACAUACCGGAACCGAGAGUCUACAUUGAUGAAGACGGAAUCGAUGAAAUCCCCAUUGAUGCAGGUAGUGGCGAACUAGACCCUUAUCAUAUCAAAGAAAAUUCACCACCAUUAGACGCUGAACAUACAAAACAAAUGCAACAAUAUUUUAUGAAUUACUGGCGUGAUGUGUUUGAUUCUAAACAAAAGCCAGAUGGAGCCGUUUAUGCGGAGGGAGGGCCGCUUCGAGCGGAGGAGUUACAAGGUGAAAGUCCAAAAUUUUAUCCCGAGGAUAUUCAAGAUUUGCUUGAUAACGAAUGGGGCUUUAAGCGUAGGGAAAGAGACGAUGUUAAAAAGCCUGGGCCACGCCUGGACGCAAAAACAUUAAAGAUUUUAUACCACAAUAAAUCAGUGACAGCGCAUGGCGCACAGCCUGCUGAAAAGGAAGAAAAACCUGGGGACCAUGAUCAUAAUGACUUUGACUAUGAUCCUUCAUACGCUUAUGUCUUGUUCAAGAAUAGGUUCCUAACUGACUGGGAGAAAGGCAUCUCAUUUAUUUCAAGACUAGAAGAAAUGCUUGGUUUAGAGAAAAACACUUUUACAAAUCCUCGGGUUGACACAAGUGAAGUGACGUUUAAAGUUGAGAAAAAUAAUAAAGGGUAUAAUGCUGUGGACGUAGCGCGCCACGUUGAUGAAAUUAAAGAAGAUUUACGUCGUGAGACUGGUGCUCAGAUACUUUCAACUGGUAUAGGAGACCGAAGCAAACGUCCCGUGAGCCACCACAUAGAUGCGCCAGAACCUAUCCUAGGCUUGGACAUGCCAGUACUGUCAGCUCUGAUUGGAAGCCUGCUGGUAUUGAUAGUAGGAGCCGUGGUCUUUGCUGUGCUGUUAAAACGUGACAUGAGUGCUAAGAGGAAGAUGAACGGAUUGUCUUCCGCAGCAGAGAUUGACGCUGAAGCUACGCGGGAUUAUCAGGAAUUGUGCCGUGCUCGUAUGUCAGGCAAGUGGACAGGUCAGCAGGCGGCAGCCGCUCCUCCGCAUUCCACAGAGCCACCGCAGCGAAUAACCUCGCUCUCCAAGGAACCUGAGGGCAAUUCACCUUCCACUCGGUCCAGCACCUCGUCUUGGAGCGAGGAACCGGCGCUUACCAACAUGGACAUCUCUACAGGACACAUCGUGCUGGCUUAUAUGGAGGACCACCUGCGUAAUAAGGAUCGUCUCGAGCAAGAAUGGCGUGCCCUGUGUGCUUACGAAGCAGAACCCUGUGCUACUACUGCUGCCCUGAAACCAGAGAACACUGGCAAGAACCGUUACGCUGAUGUACUGCCCUACGACCAUUCCAGGGUUACUUUGAACACGCUCUCGAACCACCUCGGCUCCGAUUACAUCAAUGCUUCUACUAUUACGGAUCACGAUCCUCGCAACCCGGCGUAUAUCGCAGCAGCUGGUCCGAUGGCCCACACGGCUCCUGACUUCUGGCAGAUGGUGUGGGAGCAAGGCAGCGUCGUCAUGGUCAUGCUCACACGACUCACUGAGAACGGACAACAACUCUGUCACCGAUACUGGCCUGAAGAAGGAUCUGAGCUUUACCAUAUUUAUGAGGUGCACCUGGUGAGCGAACACAUAUGGUGUGAUGAUUAUUUGGUACGAAGCUUUUAUUUGAAGAACCAGCGCACCGGCGAAACCCGCACUGUCACACAGUUCCAUUUCCUCUCCUGGCCUGAGAACGGCGUCCCAUCAUCUACUAAGGCCCUUUUGGAGUUCAGGAGAAAGGUGAACAAGUCGUACAGAGGAAGAUCCUGCCCAAUCGUGGUCCAUUGCAGUGACGGCGCGGGUCGUUCAGGCACAUACUGCCUCAUCGACAUGGUACUCAACCGCAUGGCUAAAGGUGCCAAGGAGAUCGACAUCGCGGCCACACUGGAACACAUCCGCGACCAGCGCACGCGCACUGUCGCUACCAAGCAGCAGUUCGAGUUCGUACUGAUGGCCGUCGCUGAGGAGGUCCACGCAAUCCUAAAGGCUUUACCGGCGCAUCUACAGCAGUUGCAAGAGAAAAAAGACAAGGAAAAGGAAAAAGACAAAGAUGGCAGUGACAAAGAAAAGGAGAAGCCUAACUAA